AUGGAUGCAACUAUUAGGCCUAGUAGAACAACCCCAACUAGCGGAAGCUCUAUACUCACAACUAUAGAUAAUAGAAGAAAGAAAAGUGUAACAAUAACCAAACCAAUAGUUCUUGGUACAUAUGCUUUUAUGCUCUCAAUUGCAGAGCAGAAGAAACGAGGUGAUAAUGCUACACACUCAUGGACUUGCUUCUUACGUUCUCCACAAAAUGAGGAUAUAUCAUAUUAUGUUAAGAAAGUUGUCUUUUCUUUACAUCCAAGCUUUAUCAACCCAAAUAGAACAGUGGAAAAAUCUCCUUUUGAGGUUACAGAAUAUGGAUGGGGUGAAUUUGACAUUGUUGCAAAGAUAUAUUUUGUAGACCCAAUAGAGAAACCUGUAGAAAUAAAACAUUUUCUAAGAUUAUAUCCUCCAGGUACAACAGAUGUAAGAAAUAUAAAAUUUCCAAGUGAUCCAAAUUCCUGUGAUUGUGUAACAUCGGAAACAUAUGAUGAAUUUAUAUUUCAUGAACCUACUGAACGCUUUUAUGAAAAGUUAUUAGCAGGUCCUUUACAACCUUUUCCUGAGCAUAGACUACAACCAUAUUUUCAUAAACCAGAUAAAUCUGCAUUUGAAAAAGCAUUAUCAAGUGCUCAUGCUGCUAUACAAAAUGAAUUAGCAACAUUAAGAGCUGAAAUAGUACAAACAGUAUUAGAUUUACAGACAACACGUGAAAAUUACUACAAUUUACGACCACAUGAAGCAAUUAAUCAAUUUCCGCAAGCUUUUGAACAAUCUAAACAAGGUAUAUCAAGUCCAGUUGACAAAAUGAAGUAUGGAAAUAAUAUUCAGAAAAAUCGUGAGCAUAUAUCAGGUCACCAAUCUAUUAAUUUGUAUGAUCAAUCCCCUAAAUCUCAGUAUAUGGAGAAUAUAUCACAACAAAUACAACAAUCUCAUCAACAAAUUGAUCAAUUACAAAAUAGACAACAUACAAGUAUUGUAGAUAAUAGUAUGAAUUUACAAGGACAAAAUAUUCCUCAAAACUUAAAUCAAGGUCAUCACCUAACUCAAUCUCAGCCUUUAAACCAAAGCAAACAGCAAAUUAAUAAUUAUCAACAGUAUAGAGUUUCAUCUCAAAUCCCUAUUUCUGAUAUUACUAAAUCAGAAAUUGGAUCUCAACAUGACAUGCAUAUUUCAAAUAUUCAGACACAAUCUGUUGCACCACCUAUUCAAUAUUCGAAUACAUCAAUUCAGCCUAAAUUGGAGACAUCUACUUAUCAUAAUCAAUAG